UUCACACACACAGAAAUGGAGCCUUGGACACCAGGCAGGCCCCGGCUCCGGCCCACCAUCCAACUCCCAAUCCGGCUAGAAAUCAGCCUGCUUCUAUUUUAUGUCGGGGCCGUGGGGGCCUGUACCAUCUCGGUGACACAGCCAGAGUACCUGGAGGUGGACGUCACCCAUCCGGCUGUCACCAUACAGUGCAACUUCUCCAUGACCAGAUGUCCCUCCGAGCCACCGAGGGCCCUGUGGUUUCGCUACGGCCCCCAGCAGCCUGAGACCCUGUGCUUGACUGGAUGCAAAAGCGAGACAGAGAAAUUCACCACGUACCACUUCCCAGGCCAGAAUCAAGCUAUUCUCACCGUCCACGCACUGACUGCAAAUGACAGCGCUAUUUACAUCUGUGGCAUAGCGAUCCCCAGUGCUAAGCACACAGGCAGUGGGACCAUGCUGGUAGUAAGAGGAAGCCGACUUCUCAGCAAGGAAGUGCAGCACCUCCUGAUGGCGCUCUUAGCCCUGCUGUCCAUCUACAUCAUCGGGAUGGGCGUGGUCUUCCUGGUCCUCUCCCAGUCAAAGUCUAAAGUUCUAAGAAGAAAGGAAACAAAAGAAGAUUCCCAGAAGAGGAGUGCUCGGCGUAUUUUUCAAGAAAUCGCUCAAGAACUCUACCAGAAAAGAAAUAUGGAAGUGAGCCAUCAACCCGAGAAAGAUGACAUGUAUGAGAACAGAAGAGAACUUGCCAACUACAAGAGACCAUAGUUCGGUGGCUGAAACUAGAAAGUCAGAAGCCGUGACAACAUAAAAGCACAUUACACCAAUCAGGUCUUUAAAAAGCAAGAUUAAAUGGAAGGUCAACAGGCUACACACAGUACAUCAGGAUAUACGGAUCCUGCCCAUCAACACCCAAGAAAACAAACGGAAAAAUGCCCUUAUUUAAAGGGAGGAGAAAAAAAAUGUAAGCAGCCUAGUGUUUCCAAAAAUGUCAGACUAAUGUUUUAAG